UGGAGAGGAGGAGGGCCUUAGAGGCAGAGAGGAGGGGCGGAGGGCGUCCCGAGAGUUCCGCUGGUGGCAGCGCUGGCGCCUAGGGGACCCAUGUCGCUGCGGCUGCCGCCUCCUCCUCGCGGACCGGAGCUGCAUCGCCCAGGCUGAGCCGCAGCUGCUACCAAAAGCCUACCGGCCGCCGGGUUCACACGCAGCACGGGAGGAUGGGUUGCGGCGGGAGCCGGGCGGAUGCCAUCGAGCCCCGCUAUUACGAAAGCUGGACCCGGGAGACCGAGUCCACCUGGCUCACCUACACGGACUCAGAUGCGCUGCCCAGCGCCGCCGCCACUGACAGCGGCCCCGAGGCGGGCGGCCUGCACACGGGUGUGCUGGAAGAUGGACUGUCGUCUAAUGGUGUGCCCCGAUCUGCUGUCCCAGGUGGAAUAACCAACCCAGAGAAGAAGAUGAACUGUGGGACACAGUGCCCAAACUCCCAGAGCCUCAGCUCAGGCCCUCUGACCCAGAAACAGAAUGGCCUUUGGACCACAGAGGUUAAGAGAGAUGCUAAGCGAAUGCCUGCAAAAGAAGUCACUAUCAGUGUUGCAGAGAACAUCCGACAGAUGGACAGAAAUAAAAGAAUCACAAAGAACUGCAUCAACUAACAGACUGCAUGUAAGAGCAGAUAAAGUUCUUUGGAGGCCUUCACAGUCAAGGAUCCUCAAAGAAGUGUCUCGCUUGCUAAACAUAGAUGCCACGGAGCGCCUUGAGAGAUGGUUUGACCUGACAACACACAGCAUCUUGAGCUGUGGAGACCUUCUCAGCCUCCUGUUUAUCACAUACAGAAAAUGCAUUGAACAGUCCUGAACUAUGUCAAUGAAUUGCCAAAAUGUGGUUUGUUUUGUUUUUCCCCCUUUGUAGCUUCCAUAGCAGGGUCUGCUGUAGCUGUGGUGAGUUCUGACACAGAAAAGCAGGCAGGAGCAGGCUCCCUAGGGGUAAGGUUCCCAUAACAGGGUGAAGCUAUCCUGGUUUCGAAGUGUAUGGUUUCAGACAAGCCCCUUCUUUCCUUCUUUCUUUUUAAAAUACUGCCAUCACAAAACUUACUGUUUUCACUUUAAAGUUGGCUCUCGUCCAACUCUAAAUCCAGAAAUAUGAGAACCAAAGAAACAGGAAAAUGCCCUGCCUUUCUUGUCUCCUUAGCUCAACAGGAGACAGAUUAAACCCAGUUUCACACACAGACUCGACCAACGCCUGUGGAGUGCCUUUGAGAGGUCACUGUGACACAGUCACACCUGUUUCUCCUCUACCUGGAAAGGCCUCCCAGACAGGCAUCCAAACCAUAAUGCCUGUAUCGAACCUGUGAUGGGCAAUGCAUCCAACCUGUGAUGCCUGCCAGGGCCCAGCCAGACACUGCAUUUUUUCCAUAGCUUUUCACUUCCUUUAGUUUGUCAUUUGUGGCUUUUGUCUCUCUAGUCAGGUCAUUUGCCAUUGUAAUCAAAGGCUGGAUACUACCUACAGGAGGGAGGUGACCUAGAACAUGUGAAGACACACAUGAUGAUUCUUUGGCCUUUCUGUACAUAGCCCCAAGGACUAUGUUAUUUUGGUAUCUGAAAAGUAAUUACUUUAGAAAACCAGAACCUGGUUGAUGUGUAUUCACAUUGACAUUAAAAUGACAGGCACUGUGUUGGGCAGUAGGCAACUGACACAAAAAGAUAUUUUGAUAGGAAUAAUUUUCUAGCAUUAAAGAAAAAUGUCCAGCUGCAUACAUCUUCCUGCAAAGUAACAGCGUGAUUUUAGAGGACUGUUAACAUACGUGGGAUUAGGAAAGGUAGAGUUCGAGUUAUUUCAAACUGUACCAAACAAACUCCAUGUUUAGCGGCAAUCAGCAGCCUGAUGAUGUGCUUACACACUACACAGUACAGGAAGUAACCUAUGCAGGCUAAAAUGCACAUACUGACAUUAUUUCCCUAAACAAGUAAAAGUGUAGAUUGUAUAUUCAUCAUCAUCAUCAUUAUUAUUAUUAUUAUUAUUAUUAUUGAACAUUCAGUGUCAGCCUUGUGCCAGCUACUGUAAUAGCUGUUGAGGAACUUGGAGUCCAACCAGUCAUGACUAUAUAUCCUGACUCUAAGAGUGAGUUUGAUGUUCAGGAGACUGACUUGGCCCCAAGGCACAGUGUGCAUUGUGACUCGCUCUGCAGUAAAAUCUCGCUUUUAUGUUAAGGGUAGAUUUCUGUCAAAUCAUAGAAAUAGGUGUUUUCUCCUGAUCACUGUACAAACCUUUGCCAUAUACAACACCACAUUUUCCCAAACCUCUAUCAUUUUGACUCCUCAUUAAAGGGCUUUUAGGGAACUUCAUGUUCUGACAAUUUUAAAAAUAAAACAAAAGCAAGCCUGGUGACUCUUAUGUCCCCAGUGGCAUUGCUAGGCGGGAGUCCUGCUGCGAGGUUGGCAGCGAUCCUGCGAGUUCAAGGGCUUGCUCUCCAGGGCAUGUGCGCUGUGUUUUGACAUGUUGCUUCACCAGUUGAUGUGCUGUCAGCCACAGGCUAAGCCCAGCUCCUCUUUCCAGCUCUGUGUUUGCCUCAGUUCACUAAUGCAUGUUUGUUUGGAAUUCACCAUCUUGAAAGGCUGUCUCUGCAUAUAUAGAAACACUUUCUUACUUUGAGUGGAGAAGGGAACAGAAGGCCAGUGAUCUGGCCAUGCCACUGAAAUUUCCAUCUGGCAAUGUUUUUCUUUUCUUUUCUUCUUCUUUUUUUUUAAUGUGUGUUUAAGACAGGAACUGAUUCUUACUGUCCUAUUGGGAUAACACUUUCCAUUGCAAAGUUUGUGUCAAUAAAGCCAUUAAUUUCAAACAUAUGUGGGUGGUUACAGAGAAUCUUUACUGGAACCUUAAAUCUGUAUGUACAGCUGUUUAUACUUCCCCACCCCACCCCCCAAAGGCAGUUUACAUAAGUGAUUCCUACAAAUCUUCCGAACGGCCUUGUGAAUUAGGUAAGAAGAAUACAAUUAGCUCCGACUUAUACUUAGAAAGGUAUUUAUAGUCCACUCAGCCAGAUAUUGCUGGGCUGGGAUGGCAGAAAGAAAAGUCAACUUCAAAAUCAAUGCUUUCUCCACCAUUCCUGGGACCUGCCCCAGCCAGAAGAAUCAGCCAUCUAGAGUAGAAUUGUCACCUAGCCUGAGAUUAGACCAAGCCCAAGCCUAUGAGGGCAGGGUGCAGGACUGAAGAGGGCAGUGAUUACAGAGCUGGGUCUGGCCCAGGAUCACUUAGUCCCCCAAGACAGGGUGAGCCUGAUCUGGCAUGAGAAGGCACUCUCAACUAAGGUCAGAAAGCAAAUUCAUAGUUAGGGGAAGAUGGAAACUGUACUUCUUGGGAUAACUGUCUGGACCUAAAGGGAAAGGAGAUGGGGUGCCUGGGUUGCUGCCAGCGCCUUAUGCACUUGUGGAUGACUAUUCCUCCUCGCUUUUCUCCAACUGCCCAUCUUCACAGGUUUGUUUGUACUCCUGUGAAAGUCCUACUACCUCCCUCUGUUUAUCAUCCUCAUCAGCCCCACUUGCAGGCCUCUCCCAAAGUCACAGCAAUUCUUCCAAUCAUAUCUGCUUCUCUAAGCAGUGUUCCCACAGAGGCGGAUCCUCUGUUGAAAUUAGAUAGCAAACAUGCUCCACUCAGCUGUCAAUGGUGUGAAAACUGGGAAUUCCACAUACACAGCCAGCUCUGGCAGGCACCACAGCUCCAAUAUCCAUUCUGCUCUUCAUCCUCAACUGGACACACAUUCAUUUACAGUUAACAACUCCACUUGUGAGCCUCAGCCUCCCUGCUGCCUGGAAUGAGGAGGUAAUGACUGGAGUUCAGUGAGUCCAUUGGGCUGCGAAGUGACUUUGGGAGUAGAAACUGUGCCAAACUGAGGAAAGUUAGAAGCCUGAGUCCCUGGUUCCAAUGCAGGCUUCAUGAGACCUGCAUUGUUCAUUCUCAGACCUUUUGUGACACAGAAAUACACACUUCAUUUAAGCUGCUACUUCAAGUUAUAAUUUGCCACCAAACCUAAUUUAAAUUGAUACACAAAAUUUCAUCUUCUUUAGAAGAACUAGAAGGUCUUUGUUCCUCAGUCCCCUGAUGCCACUUGACUAGUUGGCUAGAGCUCAUGUCUGGAGGAGAUGGAACUCGUGUCACCAGCUUGUGAGGGCCUUACCACUUAGCGUGUCUUACACACAGCAGCUCUGCCUUAUUAUCACCUGUCUGAAGUGGAUGAAUUUACUUCUACUACAAUUUGUGUUCUUAAAUUUCUGGUUUUCUUGUUCUUUUAGGGAGUUAUUGAAAUACAGAAGGUCUUCUUACCUUGUCCUAUGAGUCUGGGAAGUAGCCAAUAUCAGCAAAGUUUUCUGAGGAGGCAAAUUACAAAUAUGAUAUAAUAGCUAAAAUUAUACAUUUGUUUGCUUUCAUCUUUUCUAACAUAUUUAUUGAAAAGCUUCAAUGUAUAUGAGAAGUUGGAAAUAAAAUACAUCUACUCCCUGCCCUCCUGGAGAAAAUGUUCUGAUAGAAGAAACAAAAAUAAUAAAGAAAUAAAUAAUGGCAACAAUUUGAGAUGAUUGAAGGUGAUAACAUUCUUUAUAGCAUUUAGCAGGAAGAUGAAGAAGAGAGGGGCAGGAAUGAAAACUGGAAGCCAAGAGGAGGCCAUCCCUGUAACCCCAGGGACAGAUGCUGGUGAUAAGGAAUGUAGUAGUGGUGGCGGAUGGGUAGCCAUGGAUGAAUGUUGAGUGCAUUUGGAAAGUAGAAAGACUAUAACUCACUGAUGAACUGGGUACAGGAAAUGAAGAAGGAGGGAAAAAUCAGGGUUCUUGGGAAAAUA